AGGUAACCACUGAUCUGUUUUCUGUCACUGUAGAUUAGUUUGCGUUUUCUAGAAUUCUUUUAUAAAUGGAAUCAUACAGUGAGUAUUCUUUUUUGGUCUGGCUUAUUUUAUGCAGCAUAAUUAUUUUGUGAUUCAUCCAUGUUGUUGCUUGUAUUAUUAGUUCUUAUUAUUGCUAAGUAAUUAUUCCCCCUUACAUACUACAGUUAUACUGAACUACAGUUUGUCCAUUUAUAUGUUGAUACACUUGAGCGUGUACUAUUACAAAUAAAGCUGCUAUCAGUUCUUGUGUACAGUCUUUGUAUGAACGUAGACAUUUAUUUCUCUUGGGUAUAUACCUAGGAAUGAGAUGGCUGGGUCAUAGGGUAGUUACCAGUUUAACUUUUGAGGGACCUGGCAGUUUUACAAAGUAGUUGUACCAUUUUACAUUUUAUAUUUCCACCAGCUGCUUUUAAAAAUUCCAUUUGCUAGGUGCCUGGGUGGCUCAGUAGGUUGACUGUCUGACUCUUGAUUUCGGCUUGGGUCAUGAUCCCAGGGUCGUGGGAUCAAGCCUUGUGUUGGGCUCCAUGCUGAGCAUAGAGCCUGCUUAAGAUUCUCUACCUCUCUUGCUCUGCCCCUCUUCUCCAAAUGCUCGCUCUUGCUAUCUCUCUCUCUCUCAAAUUAUAAAAAAAAAAAUUCCAUUUGGUAUUUUGGAGUCACUUUUACAUUCGUAAGCCAUACCUUUUGGGGGUAUAGGGAGAGGCAAAAAUAUUUAGAAGUUUUCUUCUCAGACCUUCAGGUAAAUAUUUCUUUGGAGAAUUUAUGAGAAUCUGGAGCUCUUUUCAGUAAGACAUGAUCCUUUGUUAGUCUUUUUUCCCCUUGGUAUGAGAAAUAGAAGAAUAUGUUUUCUUUGGAUUUUAUAAAAAACAAACAAAACAAUAAAACGAAACACUUUUUAUAUUUGGAGAGUUUGGUUUCGUAAGUGAUUGCUAAGAUGCUAUGAAUCAGAUAUUAAUUUUACAGCAUUAAAGAUAAGUGUGGAGUUAAUAGAAGUAACUCAAACUCUCUUAUAAAAUAGGUUAUAUAAGAAUUUUCUUUGAAAAAAUCUCUUAACUCAUGUAUAACACACUGUGUUCAGAACUAACAUUUCCAAGUUCAACAGUUGUUUUUUUUCCUUCCUCCAGCAUUAGAAGAAAUCAGUAUUUAUUUGCUUGCCCCAAUGAAGUGGCUAGCUUGCAUUUAGGAGCUACGUCUAAUGAAAAAUGUAAUUUAAAAUUCUAGAAUUCCAUUCAGCUUGAUGUACAAGGCCUGUGGGAAUUGAUAUACAUUGAGGGAAGAACAGAUUGAUAUCUCAUGCUCACUCUGGGUCAUAGGCAUUCAUUUUAUUGAGAGGAAUGGAUGCUUUAAUCUGGAUCCCAAUAGAGUUUUGGAUGUCAUUUUAGAAGUGUUUGAAUGCAGGCCAGAACAUGAUGACUUCUUUAUAUCUUUAUUAGAAUCUUACAUGAGUAUGUGUGAACCGCAAACACUGUGUCAUAUUCUUGGGUUCAAAUUCAAGUUUUACCAGGAACCAAAUGGAGAGACUCCUUCAUCUUUAUACAGAGUUGCAGCAGUCCUUCUACAAUUUAAUCUUAUUGAUUUAGAUGAUCUUUAUGUACAUCUUCUUCCAGCUGAUAAUUGCAUUAUGGAUGAACACAAACGAGAAAUUGUAGAAGCUAAGCAAAUUGUUAGAAAACUUACGAUGGUUGUAUUGUCUUCUGAAAAAAUCGAUGAGCGAGAGAAAGAAAAGGAAAAAGAAGAGGAGAAAGUAGAGAAGCCUCCUGACAACCAAAAACUUGGUUUGUUGGAAGCCUUGUUGAAGAUUGGUGAUUGGCAGCAUGCACAGAACAUUAUGGAUCAGAUGCCUCCGUACUAUGCAGCUUCACAUAAGCUAAUAGCCCUUGCUAUUUGCAAGCUCAUUCACAUAACUAUAGAGCCUCUCUACCGAAGAGUUGGCGUUCCUAAAGGUGCUAAAGGCUCACCUGUUAAUGCUUUGCAAAAUAAGAGAGCACCAAAACAAGCAGAGAGCUUUGAAGAUUUGAGGAGAGAUGUCUUCAAUAUGUUCUGUUACCUUGGUCCUCACCUUUCUCACGAUCCCAUUUUAUUUGCAAAAGUGGUGCGCAUAGGCAAGUCAUUUAUGAAAGAGUUUCAGUCUGAUGGAAGCAAACAAGAAGAUAAAGAGAAAACGGAAGUUAUCCUUAGCUGUUUACUUAGCAUUACUGACCAGGUACUACUUCCAUCUCUUUCUUUGAUGGACUGCAAUGCUUGUAUGUCUGAGGAACUAUGGGGAAUGUUUAAAACAUUUCCCUAUCAGCAUAGGUAUCGUCUGUAUGGCCAGUGGAAGAAUGAAACUUAUAACAGUCACCCACUUUUAGUAAAAGUUAAGGCCCAAACAAUAGACAGAGCCAAAUAUAUCAUGAAGCGUCUAACCAAGGAAAAUGUGAAGCCUUCUGGAAGACAAAUUGGGAAAUUGAGCCACAGCAAUCCAACCAUUUUGUUUGAUUAUGUAUGUUUUGAGAUCUUAUCACAAAUACAGAAGUAUGAUAACUUAAUAACACCUGUAGUAGAUUCACUGAAAUACCUGACUUCAUUGAAUUAUGAUGUUUUGGCCUAUUGUAUCAUCGAAGCUUUAGCUAAUCCGGAAAAGGAGAGAAUGAAACAUGACGACACAACCAUCUCAAGCUGGCUUCAGAGUCUGGCUAGUUUCUGUGGUGCAGUUUUUCGUAAAUAUCCAAUUGAUCUUGCUGGUCUUCUUCAAUAUGUGGCUAAUCAGCUAAAGGCAGGCAAAAGUUUUGACCUGCUUAUAUUGAAAGAAGUGGUACAAAAAAUGGCAGGAAUAGAAAUCACAGAGGAAAUGACGAUGGAGCAACUAGAGGCCAUGACUGGUGGAGAGCAACUAAAAGCUGAGGGUGGUUAUUUUGGCCAGAUCAGAAACACUAAAAAAUCCUCCCAGAGAUUAAAAGAUGCACUAUUGGACCAUGAUCUUGCUCUUCCUCUCUGUUUGCUUAUGGCUCAGCAGAGGAAUGGGGUAAUCUUCCAGGAAGGUGGAGAGAAACAUUUGAAACUUGUGGGAAAACUCUAUGAUCAGUGUCAUGAUACCCUGGUGCAGUUUGGUGGGUUUUUAGCAUCUAAUCUAAGCACAGAAGAUUAUAUAAAGCGAGUGCCUUCAAUUGAUGUGCUCUGUAACGAAUUUCAUACACCCCAUGAUGCAGCAUUUUUCCUGUCUAGGCCAAUGUAUGCACACCACAUUUCGUCCAAGUAUGAUGAACUUAAAAAAUCAGAAAAAGGAAGUAAACAGCAACAUAAAGUUCACAAGUACAUUACAUCGUGUGAAAUGGUGAUGGCUCCUGUCCAUGAAGCAGUGGUCUCCUUACAUGUUUCCAAAGUCUGGGAUGACAUCAGCCCUCAAUUCUAUGCCACAUUCUGGUCAUUGACAAUGUAUGACCUUGCAGUUCCACACACCAGCUAUGAACGGGAAGUCAAUAAACUUAAAGUCCAGAUGAAAGCAAUUGAUGACAAUCAGGAAAUGCCUCCAAAUAAAAAGAAAAAGGAGAAGGAGCGUUGUACUGCCCUUCAGGACAAGCUUCUUGAAGAAGAAAAGAAACAGAUGGAACAUGUACAGCGAGUUCUACAGAGACUGAAACUGGAGAAGGACAACUGGCUUUUAGCAAAAUCUACCAAAAAUGAGACCAUCACAAAAUUUCUACAGCUGUGUAUAUUUCCUCGAUGUAUUUUUUCAGCAAUUGAUGCUGUUUACUGUGCUCGUUUUGUUGAAUUGGUACAUCAACAGAAAACUCCAAAUUUUUCCACACUUCUUUGCUAUGAUCGAGUUUUCUCUGAUAUAAUUUACACAGUUGCAAGCUGUACUGAAAAUGAAGCUAGUCGAUAUGGGCGAUUUCUUUGCUGCAUGUUAGAGACUGUGACCAGGUGGCACAGUGAUCGUGCCACAUAUGAAAAGGAAUGUGGAAAUUAUCCAGGAUUCCUUACUAUAUUACGAGCAACUGGAUUUGAUGGUGGAAAUAAAGCUGAUCAAUUAGACUAUGAAAAUUUUCGACAUGUUGUGCAUAAAUGGCAUUACAAACUAACCAAGGCAUCGGUGCAUUGCCUUGAAACAGGCGAAUAUACUCACAUCAGGAAUAUUUUGAUUGUGCUAACAAAAAUACUUCCUUGGUACCCAAAAGUUUUGAAUCUGGGUCAGGCUUUGGAAAGAAGAGUGCAUAAAAUCUGCCAAGAAGAAAAAGAGAAGAGGCCAGAUCUAUAUGCAUUGGCUAUGGGCUACUCUGGGCAGUUGAAAAGUAGAAAGUCAUACAUGAUACCUGAAAAUGAGUUUCAUCACAAAGACCCCCCUCCGAGGAAUGCAGUUGCCAGUGUACAAAAUGGGCCUGGUGGUGGGCCUUCUUCGUCGUCGAUAGGAAGUGCAUCCAAAUCGGACGAAAGCAGUACUGAGGAGACUGAUAAAUCAAGGGAGAGAUCUCAGUGUGGUGUGAAAGCUGUUAAUAAAGCUUCUAGUGCCACACCAAAAGGGAAUUCAAGCAAUGGAAACAGUGGCUCUAACAGCAGCAAAGCUGUUAAAGAAAAUGACAAAGAAAAAGGGAAAGAGAAAGAAAAAGAGAAAAAAGAAAAGACUCCAGCUACUACUCCAGAGGCCAGGGUACUUGGUAAAGAUGGUAAAGAAAAACCGAAGGAAGAGCGGCCAAAUAAAGAUGAAAAAGCAAGAGAGACGAAGGAAAGAACACCUAAGUCUGACAAAGAGAAAGAAAAAUUCAAGAAGGAAGAAAAAGCUAAAGAUGAGAAAUUCAAAACCACUGUCCCCAGCAUAGAAUCAAAAUCGACUCAAGAAAAGGAAAGAGAGAAGGAGCCAUCCAGAGAAAGAGAUAUAGCAAAGGAAAUGAAAUCAAAGGAAAAUGCUAAAGGAGGAGAAAAAACACCAGUUUCUGGGUCCUUGAAGUCACCUGUUCCCCGAUCAGAUGUUGCAGAGCCUGAAAGGGAACAAAAACGCCGCAAAAUUGAUACCCACCCUUCUCCAUCGCAUUCCUCAACAGUAAAGGUUACAGCCAUACUUCCCAAAGUUCCUCUGGGUUCUGAGAACUAUGCCAGCUCACCUGUCAUCUCCAUUCAUUUUCUACAGGACAGUCUCAUCGAACUCAAGGAGUCUUCAGCAAAGCUCUACCUUAAUCAUACUCCUCCACCACUGUCCAAGAGUAAGGAGAGAGAAAUGGACAAGAAAGAUUUGGACAAGUCGAGGGAAAGAUCCAGAGAAAGAGAGAAAAAAGAUGAAAAGGACAGGAAAGAACGGAAAAGGGAUCAUUCAAACAAUGACCGUGAAGUGCCACCGGACUUAGCCAAGAGGCGAAAAGAGGAAAAUGGAACAAUGGGGGUUUCAAAACACAAAAGUGAAAGUCCAUGUGAGUCUCCUUAUCCAAAUGAGAAAGACAAGGAAAAAAAUAAGUCAAAAUCUUCAGGCAAAGAAAAAGGCGGCGAUUCGUUUAAAUCUGAAAAGAUGGAUAAAAUCUCCUCCGGUGGCAAAAAGGAGUCCAGGCAUGAUAAAGAAAAGAUAGAAAAGAAAGAGAAACGGGACAGUUCAGGAGGAAAGGAAGAGAAGAAACAUCAUAAGUCCUCGGACAAGCACAGAUAAUGAAGACUUUCAAUCAAGGGUAUGGACAGACCCCUAAGCUGAAGGUCUCCCAGAGGAGGAUGCCAAAGCUCCAUGCGUCACUCUCAGAACGAUAUCUCCCAUAAUUAAGAGCUUCUGGUGCUGUCCAUUUAAUGGGAAUCUGCUUUAAGUCAGAAGAUGAAUACACACCACCAUCCUCUUGACGAGACAUUCCAAAGUCACUGAUUUUCAGAACAUUAUUUUCACCUCCAGGCAGUUUCUUGCAGCAAGGUCCCUGUGUAUACAAUUUUUACUCGAAAUUCGCCAUCCAGAAGCAGCAUCUAAUGAAAAUUUCACUAACUGUUUUAGUUCAUCCUUCUUUCUCAGAAGGGAGAGGAAGUCGCCUCCUGGAACCAAUUCCUUAAUGACAUAGAUAGGCUGUAUUUGUGUGCAAACUCCUAUAGGUUUGACAAUAUCAGGAUGAUUAUAUUGCUUGAGGAUUUUGGCAUCUUGUAAAAAUUUUAAUUUCAGUUCCCAGGAAAGAUCAUCUUUACAUGUUUUAAUGGCAACAGCAGUUUUAUCCUUUAAUGUGCCCUUAAAUAUACGUCAGCAAAAGUUCCCUUGCCCAGUAAUUCUCCUACUGUGACAUCAUCAUGACUGAGACCCUCAUUUCUUAUUCUAGUUAUGGCCAUCCCGAUACCAUGAUAAUCUCUUUAUUGCAACACUUUUUUUUUUCAAUUUGAAAAAUUGAGAUAAAAUUUAUAUGACCUAAAAUUUGCCAUUUUAAGAUGGUUUUUAGCAUAUUCACUAUGUUGUAGCCAUCGCCACUAAUUCUGGAACAUUUCCAUCACCCCCAAAAGAGGCCCCAUACCCGUUAGUAGUCGCUCCCGGUUGGUUCUCCCCUCCCCCCAGCCCCUGGAAACAACUAAUGUACUUUCUGUCUGUAUGGAUUUGCCUGUUUUGGACAUUUCAUAAAAAUGGAAUCAUGCAAUGUGUGGCCUUUUGUGUCUGGCUUCUUUUACUUAGCAUCAUGUUUUCAAGAUUCAUUCAUGUUGUAGCAUGUAUCAGAACUUCAUUUCUUUUUAUAACUGAAUAAUACUCCAUUGUAUGAAUGUGUACCACAUUUUGUUUAUCCAUUCAUCCGUGAUGGACAGGAACAAUGAUUUUUAAGUAUUAAAAUUGUAAGUUCAACAUUAGUGUAUCCACAACUAUAAUUGGUAAUGUCAAGGUUAUACAUGGUGUGAACAGAAUGCUGUAUAGAAAUGAUGUGUAAAUUAUUUGUCAGCAUUUCAUGCAAGUGUGAUUACUUUCCAAGGCCCUUCUAGCUCUGGUUUUAUGAAAUAUGUGAAUGUAGUAUUUUCGUCAAUAAAGUUUAAUGCUUUAAGCAUUAGUUUAAAAUUUGAGAAUAAUGUUAGGCAGAUAUGAAGUUAUUUGCCACAUGUUGUAAUGAUCAUGUUUUGAAUUUAUUUCAAUAUGCAGUAUUUGAAAAUGUCAGUACAUAAAGGAAAGGAAAUGAGUAUAAUUAAGUCAAUAUAUUUUUAAAGCAAUUUUUAUAAUUUAGCAGACAUUGCAUCUUAAUAUAAGUCACUAUUAAAAUCGUGUCCUUGUGAAAAAUGUGAUGUCAUUUUUCUCUUUUUU